GUCCUGCCAUUUGCCAAUUAUGUUAUCAUCCCAUCACUAUUUUAAUUUUAUCAAUAAAAAGUCCAAGUCCAACGUGAUCAUCUCAAAUUUUGAUUCUUCAACUAUACAUCUAACAACUUAUAUAUAUAUCAUCUCUAUAGAUCGCCAGAAAAUCAUUCCAUGGAUCAGUUCCGGCCCAGUCCAGCAAACUCAACCCCACUCACUCCCUUAACCUUUCUAGACCGAUGUGCCACGGUGUACGGAGACUGUCCUUCUAUCAUAUACAACAACACAACAUUCACAUGGAACCAAACCUUAAAAAGAUGUCUUCAAGUUGCUUCAUCAAUUGUUCAUUUACUUGGAAUUAAUAAACCUCAACAGGUUGUUUCUGUCAUUGCACCAAAUAUUCCUGCUAUGUUUGAGUUAUUUUUUGCUAUACCAUUUACUGGUGCUGUUAUAAAUCCUAUCAAUACUCGUCUUGAUGCCCGUACGAUUUCUGUUAUUCUAAUGCAUAGUGAAAGUAAACUUGUUUUUGUUGAUUGUCAAUUUGUUUCUAUUAUACUUGAAGCAGUUAAUUUAUUUCCAAAUAGUGUUAAUAAACCAAUGCUAGUUUUAAUAAACGAUAAUUAUGAAAAAGGGCUAAAAGUAAUGGGAUCAAUGGAAGACUUUUUUGUAAGUGAUUAUGAAAGUAUGGUUGAAAAAGGUGAUCCGGGUUUUAGUUGGAUUAGACCAAGAUCCGAAUGGGAUCCGAUUAGUUUGAAUUAUACUUCUGGUACGACUUCGGAUCCUAAAGGGGUCGUGCAAUCGCACCGUGGGAUGUUUCUUAUUGCGGUUGAUUCUUUGAUUGAAUGGUCUGUUCCGAAACAACCGGUUUAUUUAUGGACUUUGCCUAUGUUUCAUGCGAAUGGUUGGAGUUACACUUGGGGUAUGGCUGCGGUUGGUGGUAUUAGUAUAUGUUUAAGGAAGUUUGAUGCAGGGGUUAUCUAUGAUGCGAUUGAUAAACACGGUGUGACACAUAUGUGUGCCGCACCGGUUGUUCUUAAUAUGUUAUCCAAUAUGCCGGAGGUGAAACCGUUGAAACAUCCAGUGAAGAUCAUGACCGCCGGAGCUCCUCCACCGGCGGCUGUGUUGGCCCGGACAGAGUCCAUCGGGUUUGUGGUUAGUCAUGGGUAUGGGUUGACCGAAACAGGUGGAUUAGUGGUGACAUGUGCAUGGAAGCCGAAAUGGAACAGGUUGCCCGCCACUGAACGAGCAAGGUUGAAGUCGAGGCAAGGUGUGAGAACCGUUGCAUUUACGGAAAUAGAUGUUGUAAAUCCCGAGUCAGGAGUGAGUGUGACUCGGGAUGGGUCAACUUUAGGGGAGGUGGUUUUACGUGGAGGGUGUGUUAUGUUGGGUUAUCUUAAGGACCCGCAGGGGACAAAUAAAUGUAUGAGACAAAAUGGAUGGUUCUAUACGGGUGAUGUGGGGGUAAUGCAUAACGACGGGUACAUGGAAAUUAAAGAUAGAUCCAAAGAUGUGAUUAUCAGCGGUGGAGAAAAUUUGAGUAGUGUGGAGGUGGAAUCUAUUUUGUACACGCAUCCGGCAAUUGAUGAGGCGGCUGUGGUGGCAAGGGCGGACGAAUAUUGGGGAGAAACACCGUGUGCAUUUGUGAGUUUGAAGGCGGAGAUGAAAGGCAAAGUGACGGAGAAGGAGGUGGCGGAGUAUUGUAGAGGUAAGUUACCUGGAUAUAUGGUGCCGAAAACGGUAGUGUUUAAAGAAGAGUUGCCAAAAACGUCAACUGGGAAGAUCCAAAAGUUUGUGCUUCGUCAAGUUGCCAAGAAAAUGGGACCAUCAAAGAAUAGUCGUAUGUAACAUCUUUAAUUUCUAUAUGUGUAUUUAGAUUAGAUGGUCCAUAUAUUGAACAUAUGUGUACAACUAAAAGAUGAGACAUGAGUUUGCCUAACAUAUAUCACUAUUUGUAGUCGAA